GACGAGGAUAGUGUAGGUGAAAGAAAGUUGAAGAAACGGCAAUGGUGAAGGAUAGAGUGUGUGUAACAGGUGCCGGAGGGUUCCUUGCUUCUUGGGUUGUCAAGCUUCUCCUCUCUAAAGACUACGCCGUCCACGGCACUGUCCGUCAGCCAGGAGAUGAAAAGUAUGCCCAUUUGAAUAAACUUGAGAAAGCAUCUGAGAACCUCGAGCUCUUCAAGGCUGACUUACUGGAUUAUGAUUCUCUUUAUUCAGCCAUUGAAGGCUGCGAUGGUGUUUUCCAUGUUGCCUCCCCUGUGCCAUCCACCACUGUUUCAAAUCCUGAGGCAUGUCUAUCUAUUUGUAUACCCUAUACUGUGAAAUUAGCUUUGGUGGAAGUGAUUGAACCAGCUGUAAAGGGCACGCUUAAUGUGCUUAAAGCAUGUCUUGAAGCGAAGAUAAAGCGAGUUGUCGUUGUCUCCGCUGGAGCUGCAGUUGCAUUCAAUCCUAGAUGGCCAAAGGAUCAAAUCAAGGAUGAAACUUGUUGGUCUGAUAAGGAAUACUGCAAAACAACAAAGAAUUGGUAUUUCCUCUCAAAAACAGAAGCAGAGAGUGAGGCUUUGGAGUUUGCCAAAAGCACUGGACUUGGUGUUAUAACUGUUUGUCCUACCCUUAUUCUGGGGCCAAUUCUACAGCCCACAAUCAAUGCAAGCAGCAGUUUUCUCAUCAAGAUUUUGAAAGAGGGGUGUGCAUCAUUGGAAAACCGGAAUCUUAUGAUAGUAGACAUUCGUGAUGUGGCUGAUGCACUGAUUCUGGCAUACGAGAAGCCUGAGGCUGAAGGCAGAUACAUAUGCACAGCUCACCAAAUCAAAUUACGUGAUGUGGUUGAUAAAUUGCGUAGUCUGUAUCCUAACUACCAUUAUCCUAAAAGCUUCACUGUUGGAGAAGAAGGAAUGCUGAGUUCAGAGAAGUUGCAGAAACUUGGGGAUGAGAAGUAUGCCCAUCUGAAUAAACUUGACAAAGCAUCUGAGAACCUUAAAGUCUUUAAGGCAGAACUACUGGAUUAUGAGUCUCUUUAUUCAGCCAUUGAAGACUGCAGUGGUGUCUUCCAUGUCGCCUCUCCUGUGCCCUUAACUUCUGUACCAAAUCCUGAGGCAAGUGUAUGUCCUUAUUGUGGAAUUAAUUUUGUUAAUCUCGCUUUACUUGCGUCAGGAUCUAUGCCCCUUUGAUCACUUUGUUUGUGAGGUCUCACUUAGGAGAUACCAAAAGAAAGGGUAUAAAAAGAGAAUGGGAAU